AUGAGGUUAACAACCGACCUCAUCAACAACUCCCUCUCCUUCAUCAACUGUCUGACGGAGCGUGAACUCGAUCUGCGAGGCCACAAAAUUUCCGCCAUUGAGAACAUGGGCGCAGCACGAGACAACGACGCAAUCGACCUCACCGACAAUGAUAUCGCACAGAUCGGCAACUUUCCCCUCCAACCCCGCCUUCGCACAUUGUUUCUCGGGCAGAACCGCAUAUCGAACAUCCAGUCGAACCUAUCGACGAGCAUACCAAACCUGCAGACCCUCGUCCUCACAAAGAACAGGCUCACAGAGCUUGCCGAUCUCGAUCCGCUCGCAGGAUUCAAGAAGCUGGUACAUCUGACGGCGCUCGGCAAUCCGGUCGCGUCGAAAGAGGUACGUACAUUUGCGCCGAACUACCGGUACUGGGUUAUCUGGCGAUGCCCAGCCGUGCGGUACCUCGACUUCGCCAAGGUCAAAGAUGUGGAGCGCAAGAAGGCGCAAGAGCUGUUCGGUACAUCGGAAGAGCCCACCGAGCUGGCUAGCAAGAUCAUGGGUGUGAAGUCGAAGGGCUUCGUCGUGCCCACCACUAACGGUGCCGAUUCGUCAAACAAGCAGGACCGCAUCUACACAGACGAUGAGAAGAAGAGGAUGCGCGCUGCUAUCCAGCAGGCGAGCAGUCUUGCGGAGAUGGCGAGAUUGGAGAAGGACUUUGCGGAAGGUAGGAUACCGGCGCAUAUUCUGGAGGGUGGAGACCCUAUGGAGACCUGA